AUGCCGCUGUUCAGCCAUUAUGGGGAUGUUGAAGACAUCUCUGAUCGGCUAGCCAUCCCAGCUUUGCUAUUUUCUAUCGUCACGCCAUUGUUUAUUAUCGCGAGGAUUGCUACCCGGAGGUACUAUUCAAAGAAGCUUGGGCCUGAUGACUGGGCAAUACUUGCAUCUCUGGUAUUUGCAGAAACUAUUUCUAUUCAGAUGGUCAUUAUUUGCGGGUGGGCAUUCGGCAAACAUAAAGAUGACAUACCUCCAGAUGUUCUCGCAAAAUCUUUAAAGUUGUACUACUUCGCCCAGAUAUUCUAUAAAAUAACCAGCGGCUUGACAAAGAUUAGCGUUCUGCUUCUCUAUCUCCAAGUGUUCAUCUGCGCUUGGUUUAAAACGACAUGUUGGACAGGAAUCGCAGUUAUUGUUGCGUUUACGGCCGGAACCGUGGUUUCUAGUAUAUUCCAGUGCAAUCCACUCCCGUAUGCAUUCGACAAAAAGACUCCGGGUGCUGGAACAUGUAUCAACGUGGCCGCGUUUUGUGUUUGCGUAACAUCAGUUCUGCGUAUCACCACCAUUGACGUUGCUACGUCCCAUCUUGACACACCCUGGACAAACAUAAACUCCUCAGUGUGGACGGUAAUCGAGUAUAAUCUGGCAAUUAUAUGCGCUUGCAUGCCACCGCUCUGGAGACCAAUCUCGAUAAUCAUUCCCAGCGUCCUAGAACGUUUCAUCAAAUCCCGCUAUUGGCCUAGCAAGAACAAUAGUGGUCAGGGUCACAGCAGUGGGCCGUCGAUCAUCGGUGCCGCUAUGAGAGUGGACCAAUCCGAUAUGUACUUUGGCAGGCCAUGGUCUCCAUUGCCCUCGAAUGCUGUACCUUCGAAUAAAGCCAGGUCGAGGCACCCCAGCACCUCCGCCAGCAUAGGGAUUGGGAAACUGGAACUCGACCAAGAGGCACAGGACCGGAUGGACUCCAUGAUGGAGAAGGAUAGUGAUUUGGAAAAACACGGCAUUCGAAUGACCACCCAAGUAGUGGUUAAGUAUGAUGAAGUAAGCGAACAAGGAGAGUCCUCGGACCAGCGAUCGGCAGAUAUAGAAUUAAGACAUGUUGAAAUUGGUACACGGUAG